UCCAAGAUGGCGUCGUCCAUAGAGAUUCCACUUCGCGACACAGACGAGGUCAUAGAACUCCAGUUCGACCAGCUUCCAGAUGGAGAAGAAUUGUUGACAAUUUUGAAGCAAGAAGAUGUUCGACUCAACAUUUGGAAUACUUUGGCGUUACAAUACUACAAGCAAGGGAAGAUGGAUGAUUUUGUGAAAAUCUUGGAAAAUGCAAAGAAUGAUGCCAAUCAUUCCUACACUGACAGUGAGAAAGACCAGAUGGUGUGCCUGGACACCCUGGCCGCAUUUUAUGUUCAGCAGGCCAGGAAAGAAAAGAAUAAAGAAGCUAAGAAAGAACUAUUUACGCAGGCAACGUCACUCUACACAUUGGCUGACAAGAUUAUUAUGUAUGAUCAGAACCAUCUUCUUGGUAGAGCUUAUUUCUGUCUUCUUGAAGGUGACAAGAUGGAGCAAGCUGAUGCACAGUUUAACUUCGUUCUGGCACAGUCAGGGAACAAUAUUCCUGCUCUUUUAGGUAAAGCAUGUAUCUCGUUCAACAAGAGGGAUUAUAAAGGAUCAUUAGCAUUCUACAAGAAGGCACUGAGAACUAACCCUAAUUGUCCAGCUGCUGUACGUCUUGGCAUGGGACACUGUUUUGUCAAAUUAAACAAGCUAGAUAAGGCCAGACUUGCUUUUGAACGAGCAUUGCAACUUGAACCUCGAUGCACAGGAGCAAUGAUUGGUCUUGCCAUCCUGGAGCUAAAUUCAAAAAAGGCUGAUUCCAUCAAGAUUGGUGUACAGUUAUUAUCGAAUGCCUAUACUAUCGACAGUACAAAUCCCAUGGUUCUCAAUCAUCUUGCCAACCACUUCUUUUUCAAAAAGGAUUACAGCAAAGUGCAACAUCUUGCUCUUCAUGCGUUUCACGGCACAGAAGUAGAAGCUAUGCAGGCAGAGAGCUGCUAUCAGUUGGCUAGAGCCUUCCAUGUACAGGGAGACUUUGACCAGGCAUUCCAGUACUAUUACCAAGCCACACAGUUUGCUUCUCCUAAUUUCAUUCUACCUUACUUUGGUCUGGGACAGAUGUAUAUUGCUCGCCGUGAUUUAAAUAAUGCAGCCCAGUGUUUUGAAAAAGUGCUCAAAGCCAUGACAGGGAACUAUGAAACCAUGAAGAUCCUUGGGUCUUUGUAUAGUCAGUCUAAUGAUCUGGAAAAACGAGAAUUUGCAAGGGAUCAUUUGAAGAAGGUAACAGAACAGCACCCAGAUGAUGUCGAAGCCUGGAUUGAAUUGGCUGGUAUUCUUGAGCAGACAGAUGUUCAAGCAGCCCUAGAGGCGUACGGCACAUCAUCCAAUCUGUUGAAAGAGAAGGUACAAGCUGAUGUACCACCAGAAAUACUGAACAAUGUUGGUGCUCUUCAUUUCCGUCUUGGGAAUCUGAAAGAAGCCAAGCGAUUUUACGAGUCAGCCCUGGAAAGGUCCAAACAAGAAGCACCUAAUGACGAGGGCUACUAUAACGCCAUCUCAGUCACUACGAACUAUAACCUGGCGAGAUUGUUUGAGGCCAUGUGUGAGAUAGAGAAAGCAGAACAGCUGUAUAAGAGUAUCCUGAGAGAACAUCCCAACUAUGUUGAUUGCUACCUGAGACUGGGAUGCAUGGCCCGAAAUAGGGGCCAAAUCUACGAGGCUUCUGAUUGGUUCAAAGAAGCAUUACAGAUAAACCAGGAUCACCCUGAUGCUUGGUCUCUGAUUGGUAACCUCCAUCUUGCUAAACAAGAAUGGGGUCCAGGGCAGAAGAAAUUCGAGCGAAUCCUCAAGCAGCCAUCGACGGCUAACGAUGCAUAUUCGCUGCUGGCACUGGGGAAUGUCUGGUUACAGACCCUUCACGCUCCAUCCAGGGAUAAGGAGAAGGAGAAGCGACAUCAAGACCGUGCUCUGUCACUGUACAAACAAGUGUUGAGGAAUGAUGGAAGAAAUUUGUAUGCUGCUAAUGGCAUAGGAUGUAUACUCGCUCACAAAGGAUAUCUAAGAGAGGCAAGAGACGUCUUCUCUCAGGUGCGUGAAGCAACAGCUGAUGUCCCGGAUGUGUGGCUCAACCUGGCACACAUCUACGUGGAUCAGAAGCAGUAUGUAUCAGCAAUACAGAUGUAUGAAAACUGCUUGAGGAAGUUCUACAAGCACUUUAACACGGAGGUGAUGCUGUACCUCGCGAGGGCCUACUACAAGAUGGGCAAACUACAGGAAUGUAAACAAGUUCUUAUUAAGGGUCGUCACGUGGCUCCUAAUGACACCGUUCUGCUCUUCAACCUGUCUCUGGUUCAACAAAGACUUGCCACUGCUAUCCUUAGGGCGGAGAAGAGUCCCUUGAAGGUCGUGUUGGGUGCAGUAAGAGAACUGCAACAAGCACAGAGGAAUUUCUCUUGGCUCAGUCAUUAUGGUGACCGUAUGAAGUUCGACUUGGCGUGGGCUGCUUUCGAAACUAGGCACACUAGUGAUUUGCUGAGUCAAGCUCAGUACCAUGUGGCGCGCGCGCGUAAACUCGACGAACAGACACAGGAAAUCCAACGUAAACAGGACGAAGAGAAAGAAGCUAUUCGACGUCAAAGAGAAGAGGAGUUGCGAUUGAAACAAGAACAAAAGGAGCAACAAGACAAAGCUUUACUGGAAAAACGACAACAGUUCGUCCAAGCCACGAAGAAUAAACUUGUUUUCAGCCAGGAAGCUGAAGCAGCGGCAGAAAAGAAGCGAGGAAGAAAGAAAGCCAGAGAUGACGACUUCGUGGCUACCAGCUCGAGCAGCAGUGAAAACGAAGUCGGGGAAGAUGGAGAGAUAAAGCCAAAAGUAAAGAAAGAAAGAAAAAGGAAGAAGAAACGAGUAGCAGAAGAAGGUGAAGAAGGGGAAGGAAAGAAAAGACGAAGAAUAGCCAAGCCAAGAAAACCUCGAACAAAGAAAGAAUCAAAAUCAAAGAAGUCUUUAGGUGAAGAAAGACUGACAGCAAAACAAAGAUUGAAGAUCAAAUCAAAGGCGUAUAUAUCAUCAUCUGAAGACUCCUCUGAUUCUGAGGCUAAGCUAAAGAUCACUGAAAUGGAGAGUGACGAUGACAAAGAAGAACAAGAGCAAAAAGAAAGCAGUGAAGAAGAAGAAAGAGCUCCCAAAGGACGCAAGCGAGUAUUAUCAAGUGAUGAUGAUGAUGAUGAUAUUGAGAGUAAGAAGAGUGAUGAUGACAAUGAUGAAUUUAAAAGCGACGGCGACGAUAAUGAUGAUGAUGGUGAUGAAAAAAGCAAAAAGAGUGAUAAUGAUGAUGACAAUGAUGAUGUUAAGAGUGAUGCUGACGAUGAAGGUGAUGAAAAAAGCAAAAAGAGUGAUAAUGAUGAUGAUGACAUAGAUGACGUUAAGAGUGAUGCUGACGAUAAUGACGAUGGAGAUGAUGAUAAAAGCAAAAAGAGUGAUAUUGAUGAUGAAAAUGAUGACUCUGAUGAAGCAGGUCCUAGUGAACCAACUCCAAGGAAGAGAGCAAGAAUACAACUUGCCAGCUCGUCUGAAUCAGAUGAAGAUUAGACAAGUCAAUUUAUCUUAAAGGUUAUGACAGUGUAUGACAAAGCAACGUAAAAUACGAUGACCAACUUUAUCUGCCAUGGUGCUUCUAGGGGGCUGGGUUCAUUGGGUGCCCGCCCGCCCACCUAUCUCCACCCCAACCCUUUUAUCGUGACUGUCCAGGAAUUCUUGGGGCACCGCAAGGUCAUGGGUCAUUAUGUGACGUCAAAGAUGUACACUGAACAUGACUAAUGUCUCAUGUCGAUGCUAUCCCGACUGUAUCAUAGUAGUAAUUAUAGUGGACUAUUUGUAAUUAUUUUCCUUUGAAGUAGAAUUUUGACAAGAAGAUAGUUUUUAGAUUAAAAAAACAUUUAAAAGCA